AUGGAUCAUGGCGCACCUCGUGAGAUCGACACCAUCAUCGUUGGAAACGGUCCGUCUGCGUUGAUUCUGUCAUACAUUCUCCAUGGCCACAUCCCCUACUACGACCAGUCCAGCCCGCAUCCCGAUUCCGUCCUACACGAAAGGUUGCUUCGAUCCAGCCAUGACCUUCUCAACAUCGACAUAGACUUCCUGACCGAACCCUUUUCUGCCUCAAGAUUUUCCUACUCCACUCAAGCUCUUCCUGUGAAUGUCCUCCUCGAUACCUUGGUCAGGCCCUUGGGAGAAACAGAUGAUGGGCAAAAGAAAACAUGUGUCAAAUGGCAAUAUGAGCCUUCACGAGCGGUCGCACAUGCGGUUCUCGGACAAACCCAACAGCCUGGAGGCCAGUGGGUGGACAACCCGGUUCAAGCCAGUUGGGAUAUCGGGACAUUGAGCUAUGCUGGUAUGUUGUCCCUCCCAGGGUACGGUUUCGAUGAGCACUAUCAGAGGCGACAUGGUCAACCUUUGCCGAUAUUUCUCAGGCCUUCCAGACGUGCCGUGGCCGACUAUCUUGCAGCAUAUCCCGAUCAGGUGGGUAUCUCCGACUCUAUCUACAACGGAGAGCAAGUAGGGGGAGUGGCUCGGCACGGCGAUGGCUUCUUCAUUUCUUCGCACAACAUACAUUGCAGGAAUCUUGUUCUAGCAUCCGGGAUUUUCAGCGAGCUCAUCGCACCACGGCCGUUACUUCGUCCACUGCUGAAUCUGAAGGCUAGCCAGAGUGGACCGACUGGCUUGCCUCUUCUUGUUAUUGGCUCCGGUUUCAGUGCCGCAGAUGUGAUCAUCUCAAGUCCAUCUGACCAGAAAAUCAUUCAUAUCUACAAAUGGGCACCGUCGACGUCGCCCUCGCCAUUACGCGGGUGUCAUCAGCAUGCCUACCCGGAAUACGCAGGAGUGUAUCGCCGUAUGAAGCUUGCAGCUCUUUCGUCCUCCCAGUCAGGGGACAAGCGGUCCAGACCUAGUCGCAGGGCAUCCGAGUUUGGUUCGAGCCGUCAUUGGCAAUCCACCUAUGAGGGACUGCCUAACACGGAGGUCAAGGACGUCCAAAUCGCAGACGGCGGGCUCUCCGCGACCAUCACCUUGCAACGUUCAGGGAAACCCGAGCAACCGUUUCAGCGUCAAGUGAGUGGUCUGGCUUACGUGGUAGGGCGGCGCGGCUCGUUAGACUACCUGUCACCAGAUCUGCUCGGGGAAAUCAUCCCUGGAGUUUCUGACGCGGCAGGCGUCAAAGACAGCCCCCUGAUAUCAGGUCAAACACUGCGCGAAAAGGCCAACGAGAACCUUGAACUGGCAGCGCACGUCUUCGUCACCGGAAGCCUGACGGGUGACUCGCUCAUACGCUUCGCUUACGGCGGGUGUGCGUAUGCAGCCGGGAAGAUCAUGCAGACUUCGGCCCAGGUCACGAAUGGCACCGACAUUGUAGAAAGACAAAAGAGCAACGGCGUGCUCAGGGCUCGCUUGAGCCGUCAUCAGACCCCCGUAUCUUCGCCCAAGAUACCAGCUAUGAAUGGCUUGGAUGGUCAUGAGGCUAGUCCGGUGAGUCUGGCGCACAAAGAAGAUUUGCCGCUGGAUAGACGGAAAGAAUCAUAG